UCCUGUCGGAAGGAAUUCAAUGUAGCGCAUGCGCUUUGCUGAAGUGGAAGUGCGGUACAGUGAUAAACAAACAAACAAAUCAGAGAAAACGUAUACUGUUAGAUUAUACUUCACAUAAUGGCAGUGAGCGCUGUACAUUUAGAGUCAGACGCAUUUCUAGUCUGUAUGAAUCACGCUCUGAGCACGGAGAAGGAGGAAGUAAUGGGGCUCUGCAUCGGCGAGGUGGACACAAACCGCAUCGUGCACAUCCAUUCUGUCAUAAUUCUGCGUCGAUCAGACAAGAGGAAAGACCGAGUGGAGAUUUCCCCAGAGCAGCUGUCAGCAGCGUCCACCGAGGCAGAGAGGUUGGCUGAGAUGACAGGACGUCCCAUGAGGGUUGUGGGCUGGUACCACUCUCAUCCACACAUCACUGUGUGGCCAUCACAUGUUGAUGUUAGGACUCAAGCAAUGUAUCAGAUGAUGGAUCAGGGUUUUGUUGGACUCAUCUUCUCAUGCUUUAUAGAAGAUAAAAACACAAAGACUGGUAGAGUCCUGUACACCUGUUUCCAGUCAGUACAAGCCCAAAAAGGCUCAGAGUAUGAGCGGAUUGAGAUCCCCAUCCAUGUAAUCCCACAUGAAGCCAUCGGGAAAGUGUGUCUGGAGUCUGCUGUGGAGCUACCCAGAAUCCUCUGUCAAGAAGAACAGGAUACAUACAGAAGGAUUCACAGUUUAUCUCAUCUGGAUCCAAUCACAAAGAUACAUAAUGGAUCAGUGUUCACUAAAAACCUGUGCAGUCAGAUGUCGGCCAUUAGCGGCCCGCUGCUGCAGUGGCUGGAAGACCGACUGGAACAGAACAAACAAAGUAUCAUCAAACUCCAGAAGGAGAAAGAGCUACUGACACAAGAACUGGCUUCAUUAUAAGGAGAAUCAUUUUUUGGAUUUCUUAGAUUUUGCACUGAAAGCCCAGUUUUUUCUGCCCUACUGACACAUUUUGAUCAGGAAUUACUGGAAGGGCAAAAAGAGGAUGUCUGUAAUUUUACAUUUUGAAACAUGAGCACAUUUGUAAUGCUUUGUCUUAGUGCUUAUAUAUAUAUAUAUAUAUAUAUAUGUGUAUUACAAGUUGGUAUCUUUGUAGUAGUAAUAUGUAUACUCACUGCAUAUUCUUAAAAAGGUUGUUGUUGUUGUUUUCUCUUAUGGAUAUGACUUUGAUGGUUCUGUAAAUGUGACUGACAGACAUUUUACUGGUGCUAUUUUUUUAAUAAGCUGUAAAUCUCUGCAUGUACAUACAUGCCAAUUUAAUAUGACAGUGUGAAAUAAAAAGUCACG